GACGACCAACGACCCUUUCACGACGGUCACGUCCAGCAGGACGACACACAAUUCGACCUUUACGCUCUUUCCAUCCUCACGCUCCCUUGUAAUUCCUAGCCAUGGGUUUCCUCAAACGCCUGUUCUCCAUCGGAGGCAAAAACAAGAAAUUGAGAAAAUCUCGAAUUGUCCACAACGUGCCUUUGCCAGAGGUGGCCGAAUCUAAACCCGAACCGGCCACCCCAGCCGUCGAACAGGGAGAAGAAGACCAUGAAGAAGCCGUUAGCCGUCUCCUGCGGUCCUCGUCACAACGAUACGCUGUUGUUGCUGAAGUCGAUUACACAAACAUGCCGCCCAUGCCCCACCCCAUUAAUGAUGUCGUCAACCUCCAGGCACCGAGCGCUUCCACCGUGAGCUUGGUCAGUGCGACUAUGGGUUCCAAGUCGGGCUACAACGUCACAGUUCACCGGCGUGAACGUCAGACUUCUUGUGAAAGCAGGAAGGACGCUGAAACGCCCAAGGCCAAGAAUCGUUACUCAGCUCACUUGAACGCCAAUGACAGUAGGGUACUGAGAUUACGGUCGGACCCUUCUGUCGCGAGUCUCGUUAGUUUGUACGACGAGCACGGUCGCUUGCCAGAGGCCGCCUUUUCGAAUAGUCCCCCUUCAUCCCCCAAGGCCACGUCUGAGGAGCCUAUCGGUCGAGCCCAAUGUAAACGCAGUGGUUCCACCCUCCGACAGCUCUUGGGAGCUCCUGCAGGGACCUCCACUGCGAGAGGUAGUGGAGAGUUUAGCGGGGAUGAAGGCGACAUUUCCUGGGCUGAACGAUUCCUCGGCGAGACCGACGACCGUAGCGAUUCCACCCACUCCUCACUGCCGUUGCCAACUCCCAUUUCAGACCGUGCUGUCGUCAUCAGUGACAUUUCCGAGAUAAGCCUCCAGACAAACGCGACUGUCGACAACCCCGCCAUCUCUUCAAUGGACGUCGAGUUGAGCGUCUCAACUAAUGCUUCAGAAAUCUUUGGCGAAAGCUUUAGACAUAACCAUUCGUACAAUAAACCUGAACCCACUACGCCACAACGAACUCCACAACGCGCCUCGCAAGUUUUCGACUUUAUUACCAAGAAAAAGCAAUCCAAACCCGCCCUGGAGAACGGCGACAGACCACUUCCCCAACUUCCCAGCGCUUUCAGUUCACCAUCCAGCGACGGCGCCCAUUCAAUUAAUGAUCAUCUCGGUUCGCGUUUCUCUGAAGACAGCUGUGAAUCCGCUUUCGCUAAAGAACGCAUCUCUGCUAUACCCAUUCCAUGCGAUGCCCCUCUCGAUUCCCGUCCUGUGUCCGAACAAUCAUUCACAUAUAAAUUUGGCGACACCCCUCAAGAUCAAGACAUUCCACGAUUCUCAUUCAACGUUGACAUGAACGCAGUUCACGAACCUCAAGUCUCUCAACAACCCCCAGCCGAUAUUGUUAUUGAUACUACCCACGCCGAUCGACCGGCUCUUCAACAAAUCGUAACCCCACAAACCAAGACCCGCCCUGUCAAGGUCCUCAUGACUGGCCCAACCAAAGUCAUCGUCACUGCUCCAACUCCUGGAACUGCCCAUCCUAAUUCUGGAACUCGAAUCCCUCGUGGACCUAGAUCCCUGAGCUCGAGGCGUCGCAUUUCUGGUAGCCACCGCAGCGGUAGCAGGCGCUCUACCCAGCUUGAGCGCUCCCACACAGGCAGUGACAUGCUCUCUUCCAUUCCCUCCCCUCGCUACCGUUCCUCUCACCACCGAUCCACCUCCGGCUCUUCUUCCCAUGGCUCGAACAACGAGAAUGAACCUCCUCGUCACCACCGCUCUUCCUCCAGCCGCGACUCCCGCAGCGACCGUGAUCGAUCCAGCAAGGAAAGACGCUCGGUUCAUAAAGGAAGCACCAUCCCUGAGGGCUACAUCUCCAAACCGAUGAGCCUUGGUGUAAAGGCCGAGAUUCCCCUCACGCCCCUACGCUCUCAGAAUACCAACUCGAGCCAUAGAUCCUCGAAUUCUUCCCGUCGUUCUUCCACCUCACUCUUCCGACCUGUGGUUAACCAAGCCACCUUUGACCCCCCCUCCACUCGUAACGGAGACCGGGACAGCAUUGCAUACGGAUACGGAAAGACCGGUAAUGGCUACGCCCUGAGCUCUGAAAUCGACCUGAGAUAUCAGAGGGCGAAGGCUAGGGAGGCUGAAAGGGAGAAGAGCGGGCUUUAUGGGAUGGUGUCCAAGACUCCCAAACGAAAGAGCACGGGCCCUGGUGUUGUCCUUGGGAACCUUAACUUCUUUUAG